UUUCAGUCUUUAGUUCAACAGCAGGCAGUUUGCAUCAGUGACUUUUUGAGGAAGAGGAGAAUCGCGUAUUUUGCUUCUUACUGAGAGAAGGAGGAACAGCGCAGACAUAAUUGCCAGCAGGCAGGCAGACAUCUUUUCCUGGUGUGUCAAUGUGCUUUAAAAAUUGGUGUUUGUUUAGCCAGAAAGGCGGAUUUAAUUGGUUUCUGGAGUGUAAUGAUCUGUUGAGUUGAGUGGCGAAACCGAUAUCUACUAGUGGUGAUAUCGUUCUUUUCGGGUAGUGCUGCAAUCUAGCCGGCUCCGGUUCCGGCGAAAAAGUGACCGUCCACCGUCAAAAAGAAGGAGCGCAGCCACGAUCUGCUUUGUCAUUUUCAGCUAUGAUGGCAAAAAUAAUUGCCACCGCAGCAACGAGAAAAUUCCGAUAAUUGUUACAGCAGUAACACGCCAUGGUCCGCGAUGAAAAUCGAUAACCUAUCUGAGCAUCGCAACCGAACCACGUGUAUACCCUUUUGGGUCCUGCUAGAGAGGCAUUUCUGAACCUUCCGAUGCGAAUCGAACGAUAGUAGUGUGCGGAUCACAAACCGGUGAAUCGUCCCCGCUUCUUCGGGUUCUGCGCGGGUCACAUCAAACACCAUCGCUCGGUGAGACCACCGACGACUAUGUAUACAGUUCAAUCGAAGCAGAAGCAGCAGCAUCAUGUAGCACCAUCCGGUGGCCGCUCGAGGUUGACUGGAGGGGGUAUGGAAAUAGUGAAACAAAAGACUGGCGAGUCGUAUGGACCGAAUGGCAGCGGCAGCAGCAACAGCGGUAGUACAAAUCGAACGAUGGCCUACAGUGGCAGUGCGGAACUCAACAUCAAUACUAGCGGUAGCAGAAAAUCUUCCGUCGGAAGCAGUAGUGACCUGUCCAGUGAAGACUACGAAGAGGUGAAGCCGGAUAUCAAGGUCAGCUCUCACCUGCUGGACCACGGGUACGGUUACGGUGUGACGCCUCAGUUUCACCAGCAGCAGUCCACGCUGCAGCAAUCGGUCCAGCAGUCCCACAAGCAGAGCCAUCAUCACCUUCUUAGCAGUAAUAGUGGAACUAGUACUAAUAGCAAUAGUCAUCAAACCAUUAGCAGUAGUAGCAGUAGUAGUUUUAGUAGCCGAACCAGCAGCAACUUUCAGCAGAACCACCAUCACAAUGGCAGCCCGGUAACGGCGUCGUCCUCCUCGUCCGGAACGCCAACGGUGGUUACGCCCACACGGCAAAAUGCUGCUCGGCAAACGACUACACCGGUACGGAGCGGCGGAAUGUAUCCGCAACACAAAAGUGCCAGUGGGGAUCCGCAAAUCACGAAUUACUUCAAAGCCGUCAAACGUCGCCCGCAAUCCAGCCUUUCGCCAACGCCGGCCAAAAUUGCCAAACACUCUGGCAGCUCUAAAACGCCAAGCUCCACCUGCUCCACUCCGACUUCGUCUGUUUCGUCCUCAUCGUCGAAAAAGCGAUACUCCGAAGGAACAAGGUACGAUACCUCGUUGGGUUUGCUGACGAAAAAGUUCAUCGACCUGCUGAAGGAAUCGGCCGACGGGGUGGUGGAUCUGAACAUUGCCUCCGCCAAACUGAACGUACAAAAGCGUCGUAUCUACGACAUCACCAACGUGCUCGAGGGUAUCGGGAUCCUGGAGAAGAAGUCCAAGAACAAUAUCCAAUGGAAGUGUGGGAACUCUUUGUGCAAUAUCGAGAAGAACAACCGGAUACAGCGGGAGCGGUACCUUCUGGAGCAGAAGGAGAACAUGCUGGACCGAAUGAUCGUCGAGAUGAAGAACACGCCGAACGACGACAUCCAGCACGCCAAGCAUGCGUACGUCACCUGCCAGGAUCUCAACUCGAUCGACUUGUUCAAGGAGCAGAUCAUCGUGUUGAUUAAGGCCCCACCUGAGGCUAAAUUGGUGGUAAGUGAUUUUUGACCGUCACCGAGUCUU